GUGUAACUGUGCCAUAGGGUUUAAUACAAGAAAAAUGAGGAGUCCUCUCCCAGAAAUAGUCGUGAGGACUUUCUGAGGUGUAUUUUAGGUUGAUUAUGUGCUUCAAACCAUUAAACUAAUUCUUUUAAAGGGAGAAAAAUCAAUAAAUCCCUUGAGAAUGGCAUCUGCAGUGGUAUAUAGGUCAUGCACUGACACUAUCACAGCAGAGUUAGCAAGGAAUCAAAGCUAUGUUUCUUGGAUAAUAACAUAUUUUGAUAUGAAUUCCCAAAUUUCUAUAUAGAGGGGGGACUCUUGGGCUGAAAGGGAAAUCCCAGGGCACCCCCACUGUCUUUGAAACCCUGUAUGGGAAUGUUACCCCAUUCAUGCGGCAGAACGCAGCAGGGGGGUAGAAUGAUCGGUGUGUGUGUGUGUUGGUGGGGACACAAAAAUGAGCUGUUGAGCGAACUAGAUUCUUUCAUAGACUGCUAUAUAGCCUCGAUCCCAGGCUCUUUAGUGAAAAGAGGGCCUGAUAUCCAUUGUUUGCGCGUGGGUGGAUAAUUGUAAAACAUACAGUAUACUGACCAAGAUUCUUGGGGCGAUUGACGUAUGCACAGACAGUGUAUACCAGGCUGUUUUUCUCCUUUGAGAGCGGCCUGGAGUCGAGGCUAAUAGGCUGCUUUAACUUCAUCGACAGUAGUUGAAAAAGGAUAGGCUAGUUAUAGUUGAAAAUUGCAGAUCUAUGGUAAAGUCAAAACUAAAUAGUAACGAGUAGGCUUAUAUCUUAAAAAAUUUCCUUUUUUUAGAGACGAAAAAAAUUGAUCUGCACAGUGCAGUCUGAAGGCAUGACUGAUAUAAGAUGAUGGAAUAUUAUUUUAUCAGUACAGUUUGAUUCGGUCGAUCCUAAAAACUCCAUUCCAUUCAAUACCAGAUGUCAUCAGCCCCACCGUUCUUCAUAAAACUUGUCAAACACUGAGUAGUUAUAGGUAUCCACCAUGGGAUGACUAGACAAGAGCCAGAAGAAGCAGAGCUUUCAUGAGCUUGAUGAGCUUGAUACAGAGCUUGAUAAUUGAUCAUGCACAGGAAGCCAUCUUUGAGGAAUAAAAUUCAAAGGUCAAAGUUUGGACUAUUGUUUAGGAACUGUAUUAAAGAAGACCAUGUACCAAUGGCUAGUUGUGAACAAGGAACUAUAGAGCAAGCUUCCCUUCAUGAAACUCCUGCACCAGAUGCCACCACUGAAGCCACACCACUCGUGACAAGUAAUCACGUCAAAAAUAAAAGUGUGCUGUUCAAGUCAAAAGCUGCAAUAAUGAUUUUGUUUUGGACUGCCUUAAUGUCUUUCAUCUAUGGUGGUUUUCUGAACCCUGAAAAUUACUUCUUAAUGACUUACCUAUUGAUGGGAGAACCUAGUAUAUUCUCAUCAGUAUUUAACAGUGAAAUAAUAGAUAGUUGCAUAUAUGCUGUAUUUGCUUUCUGGCUUCUCUUCUAUCCUCUAGCUGGAUACUUGGCAGAUGUUCGAUAUGGCAGAUAUAAAGUUGUGAGGUGUGGUGUGUGUACCACGUGGUGUGGACUCUUGACUUUUGUUCUUAUCGGUGGUAUUGUGAACGCCAUUAUUUUACCAAUUAUGUUUACUACAACUAUUGAUUCCUUCGAUUCCAUAUUUUUAUCAUUUGUAGUAGUGAUUGGUAUACUUGGACUUUUUCUAAUUAUCUCCUUCUUGAUUGCAUUUGCUGGAUUUUUAGCUAAUGUUAUUCAGUUUGGGGUUGACCAAUUAAAUGAAUCUCCUUCUAGAGACAGCUUUCUUUUCAUUCAUUGGUUUCUCUUCACACUCUAUGUUGGAAUAAGCUUUGGGAAACUGGUAUGGAGUGCAGCUAAUGCCACUGGUUUCUUAAGCCUUUCUAUAUUUGGACUUGUCGUCUUAGUUGAGCUGAUUUGUAUACCUGUAACUUUCUGUGUUGCUAAGAGAAGGUGGUUUGUUAUUGGCAUUGUCAUUGGUAAUCCUUACAAAGAGGUUGCAGGAGUUGUCAACUUUGCAAGAAGAAACAAGAUACCUAUUCAACGCAGUGCCUUCACAUUCUGGGAGGAUGACAUACCCACUGGACUGGAUCUAGGCAAGGACAAGUAUGGAGGACCAUUCACUACCGAGCAGGUGGAGAAUGUGAAAUCAUUUUUUGGAAUCUUUAUCCUUUUAUUUUCAGUAGGACCAUUUUUUACGGCUGAUAUUGCUGCAGCACCUUUUCUCAGUAUACUUAAAGAUCACAUGAAGGCUGAGAACAUUUUAUUGUUUAAUACUUUUUCAGGCAGCAAUUACAUAGUGGACUCUAUGUUCACUAAUGGUGGCACUCUGUAUCCCGUCUUUCUUGUUGUUUUUGUUCCUAUUUUUCUCAAGUUUAUUCAUCCUCUGUUUCAAAAGUUUUCCCCUGGUAUUCUGAGGCGAAUUGGAAUUGGUCUUUGUCUUGUCACUGUUAGUCUGUUUUGCUCACUAUUUGUUGAGAUGUUUGGUCACCUCCCUAGCCACUAUAAUGCUACUAUUUCAAUGUUUGAUCAUGGACAUUUUGUAGUUGAUAAUAAUAACUCUUUUGUUUUUUAUUUUAUUGGUGCUCCCUCCCUUAAUCUCAGCCCUUACAUUCUCAUUAUUCAGCAAGUCCUUGUUGCUGUGGCCUAUGUCUUUAUCUAUGGUGGAGUAUUUGAAUUUAUCUGUAUUCAAAGCCCCCACUCUAUGAAAGGAUUUCUGAUUGGAAUUUUCUUUGCCAUUAAAGGACUAUUUCAAUUGAUCGGUGUUCUUGGAAUUCUUCUACCUUUUAGUAUCUGGCAUGGCUCCCCUUUUGUUGGACUGGUUUAUUUCCUGGUGAACAUUCUUAUUUCAGUCGCAGGUGUUGUGGUUUUCAUAGUAGCAGCAAAGAGAUAUCAGUAUCAUCACAACCGUGAAUUUGAAGAUCUAGAUGUUCACUUUGAGUAUGAUUCUGACUCGGAGACCCAAUAACGACUGUAUGUGUGCAGUGAUGUACACAUGUACUGUGAUAUAGAACUAUUAUGCAGAUAGUUAGGUAAGGUAGUCAAGUUUGUUUGUAUUUGAGUGAGAACUUGAAUUAGCUAUAAUUAUGUGUCAGUUGCGCAUGCCCAGCGAGGUAUAUGCAGCACCUUUUCUUAGUACACUGAAAGCGGAGACUUUUAGUGAUUCAGAAGACAUUCUACACUUUGUACCUUGUUGUUUUUGUUCCUCAAGUUUAUUCAUCCUAUUCCAAAAGUGCUUCCCUAUAAUUAUAUAUAUAAUUAUAGCUGGUAUUCUGAGGCGAAUCGGAAUUGGUUUUUGUUGUCUGUUUUGCUCACUUUUUGUCAACAUGAUUGGUCACAUUCUCCCUAGUGGUCAUAAUGCCACUUCUGUGUUUGCUCCUUAGAACUCUUAAUAGAAUUCUUGUUGAUGAAGCACCAUGUGGAAAAUGCCUCACUGCAUGACUUCAUUGGAGUUGUACUCUGGCAGACAUAGUCACCGCUGGACAGGAAUACAAUAAGUAAUCCCUUCAUCUUAUUAUAGGCCCUUAAUUCAUUCAGCAAGCCCUUAAUUAUUGCUGUUGCCAGUUUAUCUAUGGUGGAAUGUUUGAUUACAUCUGUGCUCAAAUUAAGCCCUCACUCUAUGAAAGGAUUUCUCGUUAGAGUUUUCUUUGCCGGGUAUUUCGUGUUUUAUACCGUUUAGUUUCUGGCAAGGAUCCUGUUAUGUUGGACUGGUUUAUUUCCUGGUGAACAUUCUUAUUUCAGUUGCAGGUGUUGUAGUUUUCAUAGUAUAGCAGCGAAGAGUAUUGUCAACUUGAUGAAGAGAUUGCAAUGUAAGAAGAUACAUUGAAGAAGUUUAUGAGAAGGAUGUUAAUCACAAUCGGAAUUUGAAGAUCUGGUAAAUUUGUUGAAAUAAUCUAUUUGCAUUGUGUUCAGCCCCAGAAGUUAUGUGGUCAAUUAUGGCUUCAUUUAUGCUUUAUGUGGUGGACAAGUAUUCCUGGGACUUCUGCAUGGAAAAUGUUAUCUCUUAGCUGGUUGGAGCUUACCAGCUCUACAGCAUAUCAAUAGAAGCGCUUUUUAACAAGGAAUCCAAUGGUAUAUGAAACUUUGAAUUUCAGUGAAAUAUGACAAAGUUAUGACAACUUUAUGAAGGUCAAACUAACACCAAUAGUUGUGACCUUUUGUAUGACUUCUCCCAUGGGACAAUAUUGUAGUGAAACAAUUUUAGACAAGGUAGUUUUAGUAUAGCAACAAUAACUAAAAUACUAUUCCAUUGUCUACAGG